AUGCCCACUCACAAGCGGCGCGCAUAUCGCAGGGGGCCGUCGCUCUUGGCUCCUGCUGAGGAUACUAAACAGGAGAAUGUUCAAGAACAUUCGUUUCAAACACUAGACAUAGACGAAACCCUCAAGCACAACCUCGCCCAGAGCGGUUUUAAGACGAUGACCCCAAUUCAAAGGUACACUAUUCCUCUGUUUACAGGAGAGUCUGUGGCCGUUUUCGGGCUCAGCAGGACGGGUAGUGGCAAGACUCUAGCGUUCCUGAUACCCUUACUUCAGCGGCUUAUAUCCCUUCAAUGGCAGCGUCUAGACGGCCUGGGCGCGCUCAUUCUUCUUCCUACAGCCGAGCUUUGUGUCCAGACCUUCACUGUCCUCAACGUUCUCGGGCGAAAAUACAAAAUGUCUGUCGGCCUCAUCACUGGCGGCCACGACGUCAAGGAAGAGCAACGUGUGCUCAUGUCUAUGAAUGUCAUAAUAGCUACUCCAGGCAGGCUUCUCCACCAGCUUUCCUCUUGCAUCCAGUUUUCAGCUGACAAUCUUCGCGUUCUGAUCUUUGACGAGGUUGAUAACCUACUUGAAAAGGGAUUCUAUGCUGAUAUUUUUUCUAUCAUAAAGUACAUACCACAGCAGAGCGAGCAGCUCUGGCUAGGCUUCUUUACGGCAAUAGAAACGCCUCUUGUGCGCAAGGCCAUCAUCAAAUUAAUAAAGUACUUUGGAAUAGCAGAGCACAUGUUGAAGAUUGCUGAUAUGAAUACAGGAGUAGUGACAGUGGCAAAUCUUGAUCAGCUUGUCCAGCAGGAGACAGACGAUUUGAAAGAAAAGCCGAAAGGAAAAGAUCUCUACAAAGCUGAUGGGAUAUCACUGGCACAGUUAGCGGGUAUCUCACAGAAAGACAUUACAUCAGAUACAUACGGAGAGAACAUACAGUUUGUUACCUCUUCUUGCCCAGACACGGGAGGUAUAAAGCUCCCUCCAAAUUUGACAAACAUCAUCAUGACAGUACAUCCGGCAGACAAGAUAGACAUUCUGUUUAGCUUUCUAAAGAGCAAGAGCAACAGCAAGAUCGUGAUUUUCGUUGCUACAGCCCGCCAGGCAGCUUUUCUCUGUGAAAGCUUUAAGCUCUGUGAGCCAGGAAUACCUAUCAUGUGCCUCAGUGGAAGGAUGAAGGCUGGGAAGCGCCACGAUACCUUUAUCGAAUUCUCUGGGAUGCGCACAGCUGCCCUUAUAACCACAGACAUGUGUGCCCGUGGUGUAGACCUUCCUAUUGUUCACUGGGUGGUGCACUUCGACUGUCCAGAUGGUGUGAUCACCUACGCACACAGAGCAGGUCGUGCAGCAAGAAUGAACCUCCCUGGCUUCUCACUUCUAUUCCUAACAGAUCAGGAGCAGGGGUUCACGAAGAGGCUGGACGAGGCAAAGAUUGACUAUCAGAAGAAGACGGUGAAGCUAAGGACCGUCGUGUCCAUACGCCAGAAGCUUACAGAGCUUUGCAUCACAGAUACAUACAUAAAGCACCUAGCACAAAAAGCGAUAGUUUCAUAUGCUAAAUCCAUCCAUGUCCAAGGUGAUCGGGAGGUGUUUCCCCCGGCAUCUGAACUCAACCUAACAGAUAUAGCAUUGAGCUACGGAUUGGCCAGCAAUAUUAAUUUAUCAGUUGGAAAGCAGCCUGGUAUAUCUACGCAACACCCUGCAUCAGAACAGCAGAUGGCAUCAGCUACAGGGAUCCGCCAACCAGAAGGCGAGCAUACUGAUGCAGACGAUGAAGAGGAGAGAGACGAUCUCUUAAAGGUCACCAAGAUUGUCACAUCUGUACUCAGCUCCAAGGAAAAAGAGGAGCUUCAACAAGAACGGGAAAAGCAAAUAGAGAGAAAGUUAUUAAAGGGGUCCAUUGAGGAGGCUGCUCGAAUUGCCCGAGAAGCUGGGCGCCACAAGAUUCUUAAUACAAGUAGCGACGAGGAGAGCCAAUCUACGUCUGGCGCUUUCAGUGCGAAACACACCAACAAUUCAGCUCAAGACGAAAGCGAUGAGAGCGAGCUGUCGUCAUAUACUUCGGCUAGUGAAGAACACUCCGGUACAACGUUUCCAAAUGAAGCCUCUCACGUCUCUAGGCUCCAACAACGCAUAGCACAUAACGAUUCCUUCGAUCGGGAAGCACAUAAACGAAAGAACAGGAGGAAGAGCAAGCGAAGAGCAGCCUCUGAACAAGAGUCAAGCUAUGAUGACUCCUCUUUUGAUGAGUCAGAGGAGGAAAUGCAGAGCAAGCGCAAGCAGAAGCCGUAG